AUAUAGGCAAAAGAAUUGUCCACAACAGGAAUUUCACUCUCUCUCAAAAUCUACAAAAGACCUCGACAUGCUUUGAGACAGUGUAGUGGAAAUCAUGUUGACUCACAGUGUAUGUGUAUCUGCUUCGACCUCACCACAAGCCUGAAAAAUAAAAACCACUCUUUCUCUCUCAUUCACUCUCUGGCAUUUAGAUAUUUUGUAUAGCAUUAAAUUCUGAGACUUUUGAUUCUGUUAUGUGAUGGAGUCUUGGAGUUACAAUUCUGAAGGGAAAGGCAUUUUGUUUUCUGAUGAAAUGGAUUUUCAGAUUGAUGGUUUUGCUAGAAGUAGAAAAACAUUAAUGGAAUGGGACAAUAAACAUAGUUAUAACUUUGAAAGUAAUGAGCUUGGUUCUGAUAGAGAAGUGGGUGAGAGCACAGAAUUCAUGGAAUUGGGAUUCUCUGACUUUGUGAGAAAACCUUUUCAUGGUAACCAAGAAGUGGAAAUGUUGAGUGGUGAGGUUGGUAGUGGUUCUAGUAAAAGGGUAGUUUCUCCCACUUGUAUGAUUACUUCUAAUUCAUGUUUUGGGGAAGUGGAUUCUGGAGCAAAGCUUUCAAGUUCUGUCAUGGAUGCUUGUAGUCAAGAUUCAUCACUGAUUGAUUUAAAGCUAGGCAGAUUGGCUGAUUAUGAAGAUGCAGAGAAUAGCAAGCUUUUGAAAGAGAGACCCAUUUUGUCAUCGUCUGAAGGAUCAUCCUUGCUGACAAAGAGAGCGCGCAAAACAAGUUCAUACUGUCAGACUGCCUUCUGCCAAGUCUAUGGUUGUAACAAGGAUUUGAGCUCCUCAAAGGAUUACCACAAAAGGCAUAAAGUUUGUGACGUUCACUCCAAGACUGCCAAAGUUAUUGUUAAUGGCAUUGAACAAAGGUUUUGCCAACAGUGUAGCAGAUUUCAUUUGCUGGCUGAAUUUGAUGAUGGAAAGCGAAGUUGUCGUAAACGCCUAGCAGGCCACAAUGAGCGUCGAAGGAAGCCUCAAUUAGAUACCCUCUCUGGUAAAUCGCAUAAGUUUCUUCAGUCAUAUCAAGGCACGAGAUACCUAGGGACUACCAUGACAAAGAGAACACCCUAUGUUUUCCCAGACAUAUUUCAAUCUGGCGUUAUUUAUCCAGAAAAAUAUGAACAAGCUAAUUGGCUUAGACAUAUCAAAUUAGAAGGGGAGUCAAUUUGUGGUCCUCAAUCAGCAAUACCUAUCACAAGUGGACAGUUGCUUCCAAAAACUUUUCUACAUCUGCAUGGCAUAGGGAAACAAUGUUGUUCCGGGGUUCCUUCAUCAGGAGCUGAAGAAUGUGCUGUUACUGCAUCAACUGUCCAGGAAUUGUCUGGGGCCUCAAUAUCCAGUUGUGCUCUCUCUCUUCUGUCAGCUCAAUCACAGGACUUGUCAAGCCAUUUGACAGGAAUUCCAAUAGCUAGCCCCCAGGUUAUGCAAGAUGGCUUUGCCCAUCAUAGUGUCGGUCAAAUUUCUGACAAAAGGGUAAACUCUAUGGAACAAUAUGGACCAAAUGGGUUAUAUCCAUAUGGGAUGAACUCGUUGGAAAUUGAUAAGAUGGGAUCUGUAAUGCUUUCUGAUACUGAUCAGGCUGCUGAUUUUCAAGUUCACUCUAAUGGGAUUUUUCAAGAGUCAGAUAUUUUGAAUGCCAAGUAUUGUCCUUCUCCUGAACACGCACCAACUGUCAAUUUGCUCCAAUUGUCGUCACAUCUUCAAAGAGUGGAGCGACAGAGAAAUUCCAAUGAAGUAAAGCAGGAAAAUGAGGACUUCUGCUAUUUCCCAACUACUAGAGCAGUGUGCAACCCACAAGGCUAAGGGGAGGCGGUUGAAGAUAUGGUUCAUCAGAAUAUCCAACUAACUUCAUUUGGUUCUGUUUCAAAGGUUGAUAGCAACUUCAGAUACCAUUAGUAGGAAAAUUCCUUUUUCCAAAAGGUAAAUAAGAAAAAGAUUUGUGACUUCUGCUAGUGUAAAGUGGUUUAAUUUAGAUUCUGUAAGUUCCUCUAUAUACCAUAAUCCCUUUAUCUCCAUAUAUUAUGCUAAUCCAAGGAUUUGAAUUAUUGAUGCACCAAAUCGCUAUAUCAUUGGAGAAUUUUUCGCU